AUGGGUAUUUGCCAUUGUAGUAAAAGUAAUAAUGAGACUGAAUAAAAGUAAGUAAAAGUAAAAGUAGGAGGAGGUGACAAUGGAACCUGUACAUGGAAAGUUUAUAGAGGAGUUUAGUUAUAAGAAUUAGUAACAACAACUGGAUGGGAAAUGAAGUUUGAUUUGUCAUAAAAUGGAAUCAUAAGUGGUGGAAAUAAAAAUGAUAAUGAAGAGGGAGCAAUGAAAAAGUUAUAUUCAGGAAGUCUAAAAAAUGAUAUUUUAGAUUGUAUUGCUACAUUUGAAGAUGGGGCUUAAAUAAAAUAUGAUGGAUAAAUAGAAGGAUCGGUUAUGAAAGUCACAUGUAAAGUUAUAAAAGGUAGUAAUGGAUUUUAUGUUGGAGAUGUUGCAGAUUGUGUUGGACCUAUAAAAUAUGAUUGA